UAGCAACGAGGCACAACAAGGGACUGGGGGUUCGUCUGCUGGGUUUGCGGAGCAGCUACUCGGCGGGAUCUCCCGGCAGGAUGGGUAAAAAGAUAAAGAAGGAAGUAGAGCCUCCUCCUAAGGAUGUGGUGAGGAAAAUAAAACAACCCUCCUUGAACUUGGAGCUGUGGAACCUUUAACUAAGCUACUCACCCAUGAAGACAAAAUCGUAAGAAGAAAUGCUACUAUGAUAUUUGGAAUCCUGGCUUCUAAUAAUGAUGUUAAAAAAUUGUUAAGGGAGUUAGAUGUCAUGAAUUCUGUCAUUGCCCAGCUUGCUCCAGAAGGAAUUGAAUGACCUUCAUAUAGAAGCACUUGCAGUGAUAGCCAAUUGCCUUGAAGACAUGGAUACCAUGGUGCAGAUUCAGCAGACAGGGGGACUUAAAAAGCUCCUGUCAUUUGCAGAAAACUCUACAAUUCCUGAUAUUCAGAAGAAUGCAGCAAAAGCCAUUACUAAAGCAGCUUAUGAUCCUGAAAAUAGAAAACUUUUUCAAGAACAACAGGUUGAAAAGUGCCUUGUAGCCCUUUUGGGUUCUGAAAAUGAUGGAACGAAAAUUGCUGCUUCCCAAGCUAUUUCAGCAAUGUGUGAGAAUUCAGGCAGCAAAGAUUUUUUCAAUAAUCAGGGGAUUCCACAGUUAAUUCAGUUGCUAAAAAGUGACAAUGAAGAGGUAUGGGAAGCGGCAGCUCUAGCCCUGGCAAACCUAACCACUUGCAAUCCUGCUAAUGCAAACGCUGCUGCUGAAGCUGAUGGUAUUGAUCCAUUAAUAAACGUCCUGUCUAGUAAACGAGAUGGAGCCAUUGCCAACGCUGCUACAGUAUUAACGAACAUGGCCAUGCAGGAGCCCCUGCGCCUGAACAUACAGAAUCACGACAUCAUGCAUGCCAUCAUCAGCCCACUGCGUUCUGCAAACACAGUCGUCCAGAGCAAAGCUGCUCUCGCUGUCACUGCAACUGCGUGUGACGUUGAGGCCCGGACUGAGUUAAGAAAUUCUGGUGGAUUGGAGCCCCUGGUAGAGCUGCUACGCUCCAAGAAUGAUGAAGUGAGGAAGCACGCCAGUUGGGCAGUGAUGGUCUGUGCUGGUGACGAGCUGACGGCCAGUGAAUUAUGCAGGCUCGGGGCUUUAGAUAUCCUUGAAGAGGUUAACCUAUCAGGAACUCGGAAAAAUAAAUUUAGCGAGGCAGCUUAUAAUAAGUUGCUUAACAACAAUCUUCCCCUGAAAUACAGCCAGACCGGCUAUUUGUCAUCAAGUAACAUAAUUAACGAUGGAUUCUAUGAUUAUGGUCGGAUAAAUCCCAGCACCAAACUGUUGCCUUUGAAGGAGCUCUGCUUACAAGAACCAAGUGACCUACGGGCUGUACUCUUAAUAAACAGUAAAUCUUAUGUUUCUCCACCUUCAUCUAUGGAAGAUAAAUCAGAUGUUGGUUAUGGACGAAGUAUUUCUUCUUCAUCUUCCUUAAGAUCAACUAAAGAAAAGACCAAAAAAAAUAGUUAUCAUUUUAGUGCUGGAUGUGGAUCUCCCAUAGAAGACAAAUCGGAGCCAGCUUCUGGACGAAAUACUGUUCUCAGCAAAAGCUCCACCAAAGAAAAAGGAUGGAGGAAAAGCAGAGGAAAAAAAGAAGAGGAAAAAGUGAAAGAGGAGGAAGAGGUUAUGGCGGUACCAAAAUUUGUUGGUGAAGGAAGCUCUGACAAAGAAUGGUGUCCUCCCUCUGACCCUGAUUUCUCUAUGUAUGUGUAUGAGGUGACCAAAUCAAUACUGCCCAUAACCAAUAUUAAGGAACAGAUUAAGGAUCUUGCAAAGUAUGUGGCAGAAAAAAUGGGUGGUAAGAUUCCAAAAGAGAAACUACCUGAUUUCAGCUGGGAACUUCACAUAAGUGAACUGAAAUUUCAACUUAAAUGCAAUGUUAUACCGAUUGGACAUGUCAAAAAAGGAAUCUUCUACCAUAGAGCUUUGCUGUUCAAGGCUCUGGCGGAUAGAAUUGGCAUUGGUUGCUCCCUAGUUCGCGGAGAGUACGGUAGAGCGUGGAAUGAAGUCAUGCUGCAGAAUGAAUCUCGGAAGGGAGUGAUUGGGGGCCUCCCCACUCCUGAGAUGUAUGUGGUUGACCUCAUGUUCCAUCCAGGUGGACUGAUGAAGUUGAGAAGUCGAGAGGCUGAUCUUUACAGAUUCCUUUAAGCCAUCAGACGAACACAAGAGAGGCUCAAACAAGAAAUUCAUUGUGUACACUCUCUAAGACAUUCACCAAAUUGAUUUUAUCUCUUUAAAUAAAAACUUUAAAGUAUUAGAAAUGUUUUCUCUGCAAAGGAAUUAGGAAACUUGGAGUGAACUUUGCUGUGCUUCUGAUUUCAGGCUUUUGGCAAGAGUUCUGUCUUAUUAGAUCAUUUUCUGCUCACUGACCGUCACAUAAAGCUGAUUGUUGUCAAAAUUCAUCCAGCCCACUGUGUCCUGAGGAGCGUCUCUGUCAUUUAGGAAUCACAUGUAGCGCUCAGCUGCUGCACCCAGGACAACACUGUGGCCUCAUGACUGUCAUCUUUCUUGCCCAGAAUGUUUCAGACACUCUCAGUUAAGCAAACUAAGUGAAUUUUUAGUAUUUGCAGUCACCUUGUCUCAGUUUCAUUUAAGAUUUUGAUAGUUUAGAUAGAAUAAACACAGAUCUGUUUGAGCAUUACAAAUUCCUUUCUGAAAAUUUUUGUUUCUAUUUUUAAAAAUUAAUCAUUAAAAACACUUUAAUAUAGUGAGUUAAGAAUAUUUCUAAAGUAUAUUUCCAUAAAAUGUUUUUGUUUUCAUCUUGUCUGUGUUAGCUUGGAAACAGACCUUCAGCUAAAAACAAUUCUGAUUUGCUCUUCCACAUUUUAAUGCUGGGCCAUUAAUAUAUUAUUUUCAAUGUAUAGAACUAAAAAAUUUUUAUUUUUUGGAAAACUUUGAAGCAUAAAGGUAGAGCAAAUCUUUGCUGAGGAAUUGUGUUUUAGUAUUGAGCACAAAAUGGGGAGUAAAUUCACAUUUCAAAUGAUAAGACAAAAACUACUAAUGUGGUGAAUCUCAUGAAGUAUAUAUUGCCUAGUCAUGCUUAAAGUCCAGUGUUGACCUGUAUAGUCAUUUUCGUAGAAGACGUUUUAAGGUGAAUUUGAUUUUAGAAAUUAAAGCUAAGAUUAUUUUGUAUUAAUUUGUAAUUUCAAAGAAUAUAAUUCUUUAUUUCAGAAUAAAUUUCUUU